GUUGUAUUUUAUUUUGUAGCCGUGUUUACACAGCUGACGUUAUCCCCAAUGAAUUUGUUGUUUUUAGCAUUCAAGGCACAAAGACUUUGAAUUUGACAGCAUGAGAAACAGAUACACCACCAGCAAGCGUACUUUAGUCUAAACGUGUCUCCGUCCGUUUCCUCCGUCUUCGGACAGCUGACGGUUAUAAUGGACCCCGCUGCUUUAGAGAGGCACUGCUCCGAGCUGGUGGCCCGGGAGAGGAGCGGACACACGGCCGUGGCGCUGGACAACCUGCUGUAUGUGUGGGGAGGCUACAUGUCGGUUGGUGAUGAGGAGAUUUUCCUUCCCAGUGAUGAGAUCUGGGUGUACGACUUAGAGAGGGGAAUAUGGGAGGUGUUCCACAUGACAGGUCAAGUCCCUCCUUCCAUGUCUGGAAGCUGCAGCUCUUCGCUUAAUGGAAACAUGUACAUAUUCGGAGGUUGUGAUGACAACGGACAGACCAAUCAGAUGUACUGCGUUGACCUGAUGGAUGGAAAAUAUACGUGGAAGAAGAUCCUACAGGAGUUCGGCUCUGCUCCUUCACCCCGAGACAAACUGUCCUGCUGGGUUUAUAAUGGAAGGCUCAUCUAUUUUGGAGGAUAUGGACACAAAAUCCUGAGUGAAAUGAAUAGCAGGAACAGAAGCUUCAUUUUAGAUGAAACGUCUUGGGUGGAAGACAUGUUUUGGGGAUGGAAUAAUGAAGUUCACAUAUUUGACCCUAUUCAAAUGAGUUGGAGUGAACCACAGACUCAUGGCCGUCCCCCCGCUCCACGGGCAGCUCACGCCGGCGCCACACUUGGUUCUAAAGGAUACAUUUGCGGAGGCAGGGUCAUGGAAACCAGAACGAGUGACAUUCAUUGUCUUGAUCUUGAAACGUGGACAUGGUCAGAAAUAGUCCCUUUGUCCAACCUGCCAGUCGGCCGAUCCUGGCAUACGCUCACAACAGUGUCAGACACAGCCAUGUUCCUGUUUGGAGGUCUCAGUGUAGACUGCAAACCAAUGAGUGAUGGGUGGCUGUUUGAUGCUGAAAAAAAGAAAUGGAGAGAGUUUGAGCAUCCUUUCAAGCAUAAGCAGAGGUUGUGGCACACGGCUUGUUCAGGCAAAGACUUUGAUGUGAUUGUUUUUGGUGGAAGCUGUGACUACAUCCUCCUCGUUGACACCGGUCAUUGCAAUGAAGCACUUGUUUUCCAGAUGCAACCGUAUCCUCUUUUUAGGAUUUGUGAGGAUUACAUUGCAAAGAAUGUGAGAAACUCAGAGAAGCUGAGAAAUCAGCUUCCUCUUCUACCUCCAAAACUUCUCAAGGCUCUACAGAAGAGGAUUUCUUUCUACAGGCCUUCCAAGAAGCAGAAUAUUAGUUAGGAAUCAUCUUAAAUGCCAAAAAGAGUGCAAGAUUUUAUGUUUCUUACCAGAGUUUGACCAUUUUAAUUUGUAAAAAAGAAAAGAAAAAAUACAUUGUGGAAUAAUUUAUGGUGUUUUUAUUUAGUUUUACAUAUAGAAAUUUUAUUUUGUAAAGUCUGCUAACAAAAACUGUAACCAGGCAUUCAUUUAAGUGGUGCAAUUAAAUAAGCUGUUGGGAA